AUGCACGAAAGAAAAUUCAACGGUGGAGAAAAUGUGACGACAACCGCAGCAGUGUGGAAAGCUUUCAUAGGCUUCUCGUUCAUAAUAAAUUUUGUUGCACAUAAACAAAAUAAGAAAGAAAAGAAAUUAAAUGAAAUGGAAAGAAAAGGUUUGAAAAAUGUCCCAAAACCCACAAUGCUCAUAACAUAA